UUCCUGUCCGCGACUCCGCCCCCACCGGAGGGGCUCGGCUCCAGGAUUCAAGAUGGAGUCGCUGAGUCGAGCUGGGCAGGAGAUGAGUCUGGCGGCCCUGAAGCAGCACGACCCCUACAUCACCAGCAUCGCAGACCUCACGGGCCAGGUCGCUCUGUACACCUUCUGUCCCAAGGCUAACCAGUGGGAGAAGACUGAUAUAGAAGGGACUCUAUUUGUAUACCGAAGGUCAGCUUCACCUUACCAUGGUUUUACCAUUGUGAAUCGACUGAAUAUGCACAAUCUAGUUGAACCAGUGAACAAAGAUCUGGAAUUUCAGCUCCAUGAACCAUUUCUUUUGUAUAGAAAUGCAAGCUUGUCAAUAUACAGUAUCUGGUUUUAUGACAAGAAUGACUGUCACCGCAUAGCAAAACUCAUGGCUGACGUGGUAGAAGAGGAGACAAGGCGAUCGCAACAAGCUGCUCGGGAUAAACAGAGUCCCAACCAGGCCAAUGGCUGCAGCGACCACCGGCCCAUCGACAUCCUGGAGAUGCUGAGCAGAGCCAAGGAUGAGUACGAGAGGAAUCAGAUGGGUGACUCCAAUAUCUCCAGCCCUGGAUUACAGCCAAGUACUCACCUCUCCAACCUGGGAAGCACUGAGACUCUGGAAGACACACCCUCCGGGUCACAAGAUAAGUCUGCUCCGUCUGGACACAAACAUCUGACGGUAGAAGAGCUAUUCGGAACCUCUUUGCCAAAGGAACAGCCCGCAGUCACGGGUCUGGAUUCAGAAGAAGUGGAGAAGCUGCCGGGAGAGGCCUCCCAGAAAGAACCCAGCUCCUUCCUUCCAUUCCCCUUUGAGCAAGCAGGAGGAGGCCUUCCGUCAGAAAACCAGGGUGUCCAUUCUGCUGCCCACCACUCAGUCCAGCCUGAAGUCCCCACCCCGGUGCUAAUCACCCCAGCCUCCAUCACACACUCCAGUGAAAAGCAUGCCCCAAGCUACACAAUCCCGUUGAGCCCUGUUCUCAGCCCCACUCUGCCAGGUGACGCCCCUGCUGCACAGGUUCCCCCCAGCCUAUCUCGAAACAGCACUAUGAUGCAAGCAGUGAAGACCACGCCUAGACAGAGGUCUCCAUUGCUGAACCAGCCUGUCCCCGAGCUAAGCCACACCAGUCUGAUGGCCAGCCAGAGCCCCUUCAGAGCCCCACUGAGUGUGACAAACCCAGCUGGAGCAUCCCUCCCAAGCAUUGAUCUUCUGCAUAAACUCAGGUUGACUCCACAGCAUGACCAAACACAGACGCAGACCCUUGGGAAAGGAGCAGCGGCACCCACCCUGUGCCCAGCAGCUGGCCAGCUGGCCACGCCUGAGAGUUUCAUCGAGCCUCCCUCUAAGACAGCGGCAGCGAGAGCGGCAGCCUCAGCCUCCUUGAGCAACAUGGUGCUUGCUCCCCUUCAGUCUAUGCAGCAAAACCAGGAUCCUGAAGUAUUUGCCCAGCCUAAGGUGUUAUCCAGUGCCAUCCCGGUUGCUGGCCCCCCACUGGUUACCGCAACAACCACAGCAGUAUCGUCAGUCCUGCUGUCCCCAAGUGUUUUCCAGCAAACGAUUCCAAGGUCCGUAGAGCUUGAGAGGAAAGCAAGCUCCCCUUCUCCUCUCACCGUCGGAGCAGCAGAAAACACGAGGAAGCCUUCCAUUGUUCUCAGUAGGGCUCAGCUCCAGGAUACACUGAUUCAUCUGAUCAAGAACGAUUCCGGCUUCCUCAGUACACUUCAUGAGGUCUACUUGCAAGUUCUGACCAAGAACAAGGAGAACCACACCCUAUGACCGGAGCAGUGUCAACCUCAAACCAAUAGGCUUCAUCCUGGAAACUUCUAAACAGAACAUGGAGUUUUGAGAAUCUUGAAAUUGAGCCUAUGAGAAAAAUUCCCAUCCCUUAAGAAUGUUUUUCAAGUGACAUUCUCAGUGAUAAUGGAGGUUUCACUGUGAAGCAUCACCAGCAGACCUUUGUUUUAACAAAAAAAAAAAGAAAGAAAAAGAGCAAGCAUUGUAUUAAGUUAUGUGGGUGUUUUUCCUCAGCUGUAAGCAAGUAUGUGAAACACGGAGUCUGAUUUUCAGCUCACUUCCACCCUCGAGGACCUGAGGAAGAGGAGUCACCAGCCUUGCGGCGGAGUUUAGCCUGGCCCCCACCCCUACCCAUCUCCACUCAGAAACUCGGCCAUGGGGCUGACAAGCAAGUUCUGAACCGAGUAGAAGUCAGCUCUGCGAAGUAGCCUUGAGUUUUAAGGAUCAGUUUAAGUUGGCAGAUUAGGAAAUACUUGUCCAAGUGAAAUCUAUUUUAGAUGAAUGCCCCAUUUGGGCCUUAACAGUUCUGAAGUUUCUUCAUUGUGUUUGAGUGUCCCGACUCCUGCCGUGCAGCCAAUUCCCAGCGCGGCAUUGCCCUGUCAGUGGGACCCUGCCAGGCUGUGGCUGUGUGGGAACAAACAUGCCACACCUUUGGAGCAAAGGCUGGGGCUGGGAACGCCUACGUAUCCUGCCAGAUACCUGCAUUUUAAGUUAAACUCUCCAGUGGCUUUGAAAAUGUUGUUUGUGUGUGAAGCACAGCCUUGUUUUUCCUUUUCUGUCUCUACACAACUAGAAGUCAUUGUUGAUUGUUUUCCUAACACUUUGACAAAAGGACCAGUGGACCAAUCUGACAAAGCCAUCCUGGUUCCAUUCCUGGAGUAUACUGAGAAUAGUUUUAAAGCUAUGCAGAAAAGGGAGCUGUUAUUCACACUGCCCUUACUUUGUUACAGAAAAUGGAGAUGAAGAGAAAGUGUGAGACUCAGAACUUUACCAGUGUAUCCUCGGCUGUGAGUACUUUUCCAGCCUACAGUGUGAAAAUGUGUAAAGAUGCUUUGUUAUGCUGCUAUUGAUCUGCCAUGAUUUAUAUUUAUUCUUUUAUGGCAUGUAAUGGUGUUUAGUAAUAUUUUAAUGUAGAUUUUGAUUUAUUUCAGCAAUAGUAAUUUUAAGAUAUUCUUCGAAUGAAAGUGUCUUCGUUUCUAUGAUACAGGUCAUUUUGUAGUAUUUAACCAAUUAAGAUGCACUGCUUACUUUUCUGAGCACUAUUUAAUGAUAGGGUCAAAACCCAAUUGGUUCAACCAGCUAACAAAGGAUUAGCUGUGAAUAAUGCUGACAAAUGUGAUAGUUCCUCGGGAACAAUCAUUUAAGCUUUAAUGGUAACCCAAUCAUAAAUCCAUAGAUUUUUUUUCUAUCUGAAAUUUUAGAAAAUUACUUGUGAAUUUCAUACUUGUUUUAGUUUGAUCUUAGUUUUUUAGCAUAAAGAAUACUUUGUUUGAUUGGCUUUUGUUAAUGUAAACAUGCUUCCUGGACAACAUAUCUGCUUCUCGAGUUAGUGUUUGCUAUUGCUGUCUACCUAGUUACAUGUGACUUGUUCCGAUUCAGGGAAGCUUACUAAGUUUUCAUACUCAAUUAGGGAUAGUUUGUUUUCAAAGAUAGUAUGUAGAUUCUCCUACCAAAAAUGAAUUGCUCAUGCAUCAUCUGGGAAAGAGAAAGUUGUUAGAAGAUAAAGAUACAGUAUGUUGCUGACACCAGGAGGUGGUAUCUGAGGAGCCCCGGGACUUUUAUGAUAAACCGGAUGCACCAGUAGGUUUGCUCUCACCCAAGUAGUAGUCUCAGUGGGCUUUGGUAUACAGACGAAUCAAGGGAUUCUUGUUAUAAUAAACAUUUGAAUUUAAGUGACGAUUUUCAGUAUAUAAACUAUUAUGAGAGUUAAGAGAGAAUAUGCUAAAGAAGUCUGUAAUCAAAGCUGUUAAUUUUCACCCUGUCCUCCUAGGAAUGAAUAUGAUAGACAGUGAAGAGAAUCUGUAAUAAGGCUUCCUUAGUUUGAAAGUAAACUUUUAAGUGCCCAAGUCAUGGAGACUUUUUAUAUAUUCAAAUAUAUAAAAUUUGAAUAUGUAAAAAAGAUUUAUAUAGUCAAAGCAUUUACUUACAAUUCGGAAACUAGAAGUUCACGGUCUGAUUGCCAGGAGGUUCAGGCCAGAAUGAGUCCCUGCAGAGCCAGGCCCAGCCUGGGUAGUUGCAGUUGGGUAGCCCUGGCCUGAAAGUCACAGUUUAGUUGCCUUAUUACCCCUUCAGGCUUACUCUAGCACCUCAUACUAGCUUAGGUUGCAUGUUUACAUUGAUGUGUCUUUCUUGAAACCUUGCUGAAUUGAAACGGAUACCCAGAUAGAGAUGUUUCUUACUAGGGUUUGCAAAACCCCUGGAGACCUGCACAUAGGGCUGCUAUGUCUAUAUGUUUAUCUACCAUCACCCACAAUGGUCCAAGCCUAGUCUCUGGGAGGAACAACCCACCCAGAGCUUGGAGGAGAGCUCUGUGUGAGGUAUGACCAGUGGGUGGCGCUACUCUUCAUUGUAGUUGAUGUGGUGUCUUUGGCCCCCAGCACCUCCAGAGAGCUUUGUUCCUUUAAGGCAGAGUUCCUCUUUGUUGUGCAUCUCUCCUGGGAUUUGUGAGGCGUGAACAUUGGCUGAGUCUUAAGUGUUCCAGUCACUGUCCAUGUCAGGAGAAGCAUUUCGUGCUGUGUGCCUGUGGACUGACCACAGCUUACCUUCGAAGACUUAGGAGUAGCGCCCACAAGGAGCAGCAUCUUGCUAGGAACCCAAGUCAUCCUGGGCCCUUCUCGACAGGAGGACGCGCAGGCUUAGUUUAGAAGGUGUCUGCUCGGGUUUUGCAUGUGAAACAUUUGUUCCUUUUCUGGCCUGCAUUUUCUUAUGGAAAUUAUACACCCCAUUGAACCCACUGCUAGGUAAAUAUUUUUAAGCCGUGCAGCUUUAUUACUCUCCUCCCCCAAAGAAUGUAGUUUGAAGUUUUCUCCUUUUGGUAAGUAGAGGCCAUAACUGCCAUCGUGUUACUAAUAAUGCAACAUGAAAUUGAAGGUGCCUAACUGCUAAAAACAAACUCAGCCAUCAUGCUGGAACCAUGAGAGGAGUGAGGUCCCAUAUCCUCGCUGCACACUGCCUGCUGAGCACACGUUUCUUUCUUGCCAGCUUUGGUUUUCCUCGGUUGUGUUCAGAGUACCUUCUGGAACCAGCCGUGCCCUGCAUUUUCAAGAGUGUGAAGUGUUAAGAUCUUAGCACAGUAAAGCAACUUGCACUGGGCCUUUCAAAACUGCACUCGAGAACAUCUGCCCGAGCGGCCUGGUGCCCCCCGGAGCCUGUCGUGUUCGGCAGCUUCAGCAGGAGCGACGUAUGCGGUGUUUCUCAGUUCUGUGUGUGACAUCUUCAUUUAAAAUGCUAGGAUGCAAUAUUGUUCACCUUCAUGUGGGGAAAAAUGCAAAAUCCUGUUUCCCUUUCAUCUGUGUAAUUCCUUCAGAAACGUGUUUUUACAGUGUGCGUUGUAAAGGGUUUUUUAUUCUGUAUUACUGCUCCGGCCACGCGGCUGUCAUGACUCACUGUCACCGACGCUCAGCUCCCUGAAACGCGGGCCGAGCGGCCCCAGAACUGCAGCACGGUUUCUGUCCCAUGGGCGCAGUACUGCAUCAUUAGCAUUUCUAAUGGUAUGGAUUUUAUACCAUCUGUGUAUGUUUGCAAAUAAUUAAGUUAUUACAUGUUUUAAAAUGAGCAUUUUUCAUCCUAAAUUUUAUAUGUUUGCAAAUAUAUUUUUUUAAUAAAAUUUCAAAACCAAGUUUUAGCACCUACUCAAUUUUAAUUGCGUU